CGAGUAUCCCGGAGUCGCCAUGCGGCAAUCGUCACGGGUCCGCUAACCGUCGGACGCUUACGCCGCCGAUCGACAGAUCAUCAAUCGACAUUCGACACUUUAUCUCAUAAUCAUAUUGUAUCAAACGAUAAAACAUUAUACAUCAUUUGUUGCAUUAUAAUAUUAUAUUAUAACUCGUCACAAAGCUCUACAUUCGUGUGUCGGAUUAUUAUCGUACGAAUUUGUGAUUAAUUUUUUUAUCGGCUUUUUUUUUUGUGAAUUUUUUUUUUUAAUUUUAAUUUUUAUGAUUUUUUUCUUUUCGUAUUAUAAUUUUUGUGUGUAGUUCUCUUCUAUACUCGGUACAAUGUCGUCGUGAAUCGCGUACUCGCGGACUGCACGGGAUCGCUAUUUAUUAACCGGCCGUUGUAAUUUUUAUGGAAGUCAACGAAAGCGCCGAAGUUCGGUCUACCGGUACGCCGCCGACCAACGGCAACGGUGGUAACGGCGGGGGCAACUGUUGCGGAUCGUCCCCUGCGGUCGGCGCACCGGUGGAACAUUCUUCCGGUACGAAGAUCCUGAGCAAGAAUUCGAACGGCACAAUGAUCAUGACUUCAAGUCCGAGUAACGAAGCUGAAUUACAAUUGUACAGGGUAAUGCAAAGAGCUAGUCUUUUAGCGUAUUACGAUACACUACUCGAAAUGGGAGGCGAUGACUUGCAACAGCUUUGUGACGCCGGCGAAGAAGAAUUUCUCGAGAUUAUGGCUCUGGUCGGUAUGGCGUCGAAGCCACUACACGUCAGACGAUUGCAGAAAGCUUUGCACGAAUGGGUCAGCAACCCAACCAUGUUCCAAACGCCACUGACGUCUCCUGUCGCAAGUGGUGGUCCUAAUGCGAUCGUCCUUCCACCGAACCCGGUCCGGCCGUUUCUUAACGUCUGCCCAAACCCACUGAUCCAGACAUCCAUACAUCACGGAUACUACACACCACUGGGAUACGGUUACCAGCCGCCCACCUCACCAUCGCCUGUGCCCAGCUCGACCAACCAACUACCACAGGUUGCGCAAACGAGUGAAGCGACAACUUCAGCUGGUCAACACUAUGGAGAUAGUAAUAGCCCUGGUCAAAGUCCAGGUUCGCCGUUGCAAUUGUCUCCAUCACUGGAUGAAUCACAAAUCUCCCGGUUAGCUAUAUCAGCUAAGCAACUAGUGCAAAGAUUACCGCAAUAUCAACCCAAAGCACAAACAGCGAAACGGAAGGCGAACAAAGAACUCGAAUGCGUCAUGAACAUGCCGGAAGAAGAUCCGAGGCGCAUAGAAUCCAUUAGAAAAUAUUCAGCUAUUUAUGGGCGAUUUGAUUGCAAAAGGAAACCAGAAAAACCUUUAACAUUGCACGAGGUGUCCGUAAACGAGGCUGCUGCACAAAUAUGCAAAUUAGUGCCUGUUUUGCUGACUAGACGAGACGAACUGUUCCCUUUGGCCCGACAAGUGGUCCGUGACUCGGGAUAUCAUUACUCUAAAGGACAUUCCAAGUCAAGCAUGCAGAGUUUCAGAGGAUUGACUUCGAACGGAGACUGUAGUUACGGGUCGAAAAGGCCCCGCUUAGACGAUCACGACGAGCUAUUCAAAAUCCGGCGACAGGAACGUUUAGAUCAGAUCGCUGAGGAACUGAAGUCAGUCAAUGAUCGCCGAGAAGAGUUGGACCAAAGCACCAAAGAUGAUCCGACUGUCCAACAACAGUUAGAAACCCUCAAAAAUCGUCAAGCGCAACUGUUGGUGGAACAGAACGAUUUGCGACAAAACAAGUCGAUGAUGCGAAGGGACAGGAGCGGCGGAAGGACGUCGUCAUCGGCCGGUUUCGACACAGACGACACAGACUCUCAAAUGUCGUACAGCAAUACUAGUUCUCCUUUACAGGACAUUAGUGAUUCUAGGGAUUCAAUGAUUCGCUGCAGCGUCGACUACCAACACGAUGGAAAAUCAUCACAGAAUACCGGUAAUCAGAGUAACUUGUCUCGCGGCGAUACAGACGACACGGACGAAGACGACGGAGAACUUCGCCACCGCCGUCAUAGUCACAGCCCCUCCGCCCACGUAAACGGUAACAGGCAUCUGGUGGAUCGAUUUUUCAACGACAAAGUCCAGAUAAUUUCGUCGAGCGGCGGCAACAUAAUCGCCGUGACCAAUCCGGCGCUGUUGAUGUCCGCGACGACUACGACGACGCCGCCGCCGCUGUCAUUGAAAAUCGAACCAGUUUCACCGACGCGAGACGACGACUGAUGGAAGAAGUGCAAAGGCAGACGUCCCGUACUACUACCGUGAGCCUGAGAUCUCCGACUUUCUCGUUGUUUUUUUUGUAUUAGUUAUUAUUAUUUAUUAAUCGUUUUCUGUUGGUCGUAUUUACUAUUUGUUUUUUUUUUCCGGUUAUUUAAUCAUAAUAAUAUAAUAUAAUAUUAUAUAUAAAACCGCAUAUUUCGUACCGCCCAAAGCGUGAAAAUAAGCUUAAAAUACGAUCAUGUUCCUAUACACUGUAUAAUAUCUUCUUAUACAUAUAUAUAUAUAUAAUAAUAAUAUCUACGAAUGUUGUAGUAUUAUAUACGCGUUAUAUAACCAAACAUCGUCGCCCGUCGGUCGUUGGAUCGAAACUUUUGAGAUCUUUACGACUCGCGAGUCCGAGAUACCUAAAUGUUAUUUUAAUUUUAAUAUUAUUAUACAAUAAUAUUACGUUGUACCUAUAA